UAAACCAUUUUUGAGAAACCAAAUCGAAACUCUCCUUUCCUUCCUUCUCUCUCUCUCUCUCUCUCCAGUCACCUCGUCUCCCUCCCUCCUCUCUUUUUGGAUCACAAACUCAUCAAAAAUAGCAAAAAUUUUCGUCUUUAACCCGAUCAAAACACACACACAUUUCCCAAUUUUCGCCAUUAAUAAAACAAACAAACAAAAGCAUCAAAUAUGAAGAUAGAUCUGAACUCAAGAACAUGAAACCCAAAUCCAAAUCCAAACCCUCAAACAUCUACUCCAUUCCCACCACCACAACCGCCAAUCUAUACAUAUAUCUGAUAUCUUUGAUUUUCUUGAACUACACCCAUGUCAUCAAAAGCCGAUCAUAUCCAUUCCCAUGAUUCUCUUUUGCCUUCCGGAGAAGUAGAGUCUGAACAUCAGCCGAUUGAUUCUAUUUCCAAGAGAACCCAAAUCGUUUCAAUCCCUCCACAACCCUGUUCGCAUUUGUUUCAAUUCAAAUCCAAGAACGGGACCAAACCCUUCCGUGCCCUUCAAGAUUGCCUCAGGAUAAAACCCCUAGGUCGCGCCUCGAUCCGUCGGGACCCACAAGAAAUCAUCCGCUGUAACACUUGCGGUCACGCGCCGUCGCGUCUAUACGCUUGCGUCGCUUGUGCCGCGGUGUCUUGUCAACUCCACGCGCCGUCGCACGAGGUGGAUUUUCCCGGAUCUGGUCAUGACAUCGCGGUUGACGUAGACCGCGCCCAACUCUUUUGCUGUGUCUGUUUGGAUCAAAUCUACGACAAAGACUUCGAUGCGGCGGUCGUUUUGGCGCAGACCGCGGCUUCGACCAUCGGAUCGAUCCGCGCACCGCCGCCGGAGAAUUUAAGGAAGCGGCGGCGCGUGGAUUAUCGUCCUUGGACACCUGAUCUGCAAGAACGCGACUUGAUCGGUGAAAAAUCGACUAAAUUACCGAGUUCUGAAAGUGAUUCGGGUUUGGAUUCACCGUGGGGAUUGAGAGGGCUUAACAAUCUAGGAAAUACAUGUUUCAUGAAUUCCAUAUUACAAGCUUUGUUACAUACUCCACCAUUGAGGAACUACUUUUUGAGUGAUCGGCAUAAUCGGUAUUUUUGUCAGCAGAAGAGUAAUGGGAGGAGAAAUUCUGGGAAUACUAAUACUAAAAAUUUGCGGUUGUGCUUGGCUUGUGACAUGGAUGCGACGUUUUCCGCUGUGUUUUCAGGGGAAAGGACUCCGUAUAGCCCCGCGAGAUUUUUAUACAGUUGGUGGCAGCAUGCGGCAAACCUGGCAAGUUAUGAACAACAGGAUGCACAUGAAUUUUUCAUUUCAAUGCUUGAUGGGAUUCAUGAGAAGGUGGAGAAGGAUAAACGCAAACCCCAGAGUCAAGGCAGUGGAGAUUGUUGUAUUGCUCAUAGAGUAUUCUCUGGUAUCUUGCGAUCAGAUGUUAUGUGUACGGCUUGUGGCUUUACUUCUACAACAUAUGAUCCAUGUGUAGACAUCUCAUUGGACUUGGAACCGAACCAAGGGGGUUCUGCUAAGAUGUCAUCCACAAAAUCUCAUCAUUCUUUCAACGGGGAGGCAGACCAAAGCUGUGGAAUAUCUACCCUGAUGGGAUGCUUGGACCGUUUUACAAGACCCGAGAGAUUAGGUGUUGACCAAAAAUUUUUCUGCCAACAGUGUCAAGUGAGACAGGAAUCUCUCAAGCAGAUGUCCAUAAGAAAGCUUCCAUUGGUUUCUUGCUUUCAUAUCAAAAGAUUUGAGCAUUCUCCUGUCCGAAAUAUGUCAAGGAAGGUUGAUCGCUACUUACAGUUCCCAUUUUCCUUGGACAUGGCACCUUAUCUCUCUUCCUCUAUCUUGAGAAGUCGAUUUGGAAACAGAAUUUUCUCUUUUGAUGGGGAUCAGUCAGAAACUUCAAAUGAAAUGUCUUCAGAGUUUGAGUUGUUUGCUGUUAUCACUCACACAGGCAAACUAGAUGCAGGUCAUUAUGUUACUUAUUUGAGGUUAAGGAACCAAUGGUACAAGUGUGAUGAUGCUUGGAUCACUCGAGUUAACGAGAAUACUGUGAGGGCAGCACAAGGAUAUAUGAUGUUUUAUGUGCAGAAAAUGCUUUACUACAAAGCAAGUGAGAAGUUGGUUGCCUCAUGAGAGGGUGGCAGGCACAGAGAAUUGGUGCUGAAAAGCAACUGCACAUGAUGAAAUUGGAACAGUUCAUUGCGAUUCAUGGUACCCAGAAAUUUGUGUGUCAGUAAAGUACCACAGCCAUCUGUGCUCACCAUGACGAUUGAUGUCACUAAAUGGCUAUCAUCAUCAGUAAAGGUCAAGCAGCCCUCUCUGCUCUGAGUAUAUCUUUGAUGGGUAACUCUAAAAUCUCAGUUGGAGCAUACUUGUGAGCCUGAAUUUUUGAGGCACUCUCCUGCAUUCGGCCAUAGAUUUUAUAAGUAUGGUUUCCUUAAAAAAGCAAUUUCAAUUGGUUCAUUUUUCCCCAGCUCAUUCAAGUGGUGUUGGUGGGUUGAUGAUUUUUUCCUCAUUGAAUAUGUGCUCUUUACUUUGAGUUGUAGUUUACUGGUGUACUAAUUUCAUACAUGGCAUACUAAUGUUAGCAAUCAACUAAAGAAGCUUUUUUGACCUAUACGGGCCUUCAAUUAACUUCUCUCUUGUGCCCCGCUGAUUUGUUGUUGAUCAGAGCAUCAAGAAGCACAACCUGAUUCUACUUGUC